AUGUCGGCUCCCAACAUGGGUUCCAAGGCUCGCGCCGCCAUGGCCAAGGACAACACUCGCCCCGCUGCUGCCUCUCCUCCUCCUGCCUACACUCCCCGGAGUGACCUUGCCGCCCUCACAGCUCGAGCCAUCCAGGCACGCCAUGGGCUGUCCAGCAUGGCUCAGAUGCUCCAGCCCUCCUCGUCUACCUUGACAACCCUCCUCGACUCAGCAGAUGAUGAACAUGACCCGGAGGAUAGCUCGCCCAUCAGCCUCCGUAUCAACACAUCCAUCAACGUCUCCCGCAGCAAUAACAUCGUGUGCCUUGCAAACAGUCCUGCGGACCAGGCUAAUGCCAUUGCACAGGCUGUGGUCAAGGCCCUGCUUGAAGGUAGCUCCGGCCAGUGUGGCAUCCCAAUGAUUGAUGAGAACGGUGCUCCACGACCACUCCGGAUCGAGGUUGACGCUGGAAUGGUCGUCGAUGGAACUGGCAACGUUGUCGGCAGCAGCGACUCGGUCAACGAGGUGCUCCGCCAGCGGAAUGACACCACCGUCCUCGGGCGACGACCCCGUGAAGAGUCGGCGGUGGAGGAUGAGGAGGAGGAGGAUGAGGAGGAUAUUUACUCUCACCCUUCCAAGCGUCGGCGAUCCAGCGAGUGA